GCUUGGUACACUUCCUUGAGUGACUUUCUCUAAGAAUUCGGGUUUCAAAAGACUCAGUCUGAUGCAUCUCUCUUCGUCUACUCUCGUGGAACUACUCUCCUUUAUUUCUUGGUCUACGUCGAUGACUUGCUCCUCACUAGAAAUGAUGAGGAGACUCUCACAUCCUUUCAGGCUGCUCUCUCGAGUCGGUUUUCGCUCAAGGCGCUCGGUGACGUUAAUUAUUUCUUGGGCAUUGAGGUUCUCCCUACCAGUACUGGCUACAUUCUCUCCCAACACAAGUAUAUGACUGAUCUUCUUCAUCGGUUUAUGAUGGCCGAUGCCAAGGCUGCUCCGACCCCCUUGCUGCCUCUACUACUCUUACUCUGGAUGAUGGUACUUCCCCCACGGACGCUACUCGUUUUCGCUAGGUUAUCGGUGCUCUGCAGUAUCUCGUCUACACUCGUCCUGACAUUGGCUAUUCUGUCAACAAACUCUCUCAAUAUAUGCAUGCUCCGACGGCUUCUCAUUGGCAAUGUGUCAAGCGCCUCCUUCGCUACAUCUCUGGCACUCUCUCCUACAUAUUGGCUAUUCGCCGUGCUAUGGGACCUCUCCAUCUCUCUGCAUUCGCCGACUCGGAUUGGGCAGGCAAUUUAGAUGAUCGUUCUUCUACCUUUGGCUACCUUGUUUACUUGGGCUCCACUCUUAUCUCAGAAACAGAGGACUGUUUCUUGUUCCAGUACAAAGGCCGAGUACCGUUCCAUCGCUAAUGCUACUGUUGAACUUGAGUGGAUUCAGAAUCUCUUGGUUGAGCUUCGUCAGCCAGUUCCCGCACCGCCGACACUGUACUCCGACAAUCUUGGUGCUACCUACUUCUGCUCCAAUCCGGUCUUCCAUUCCCGCAUGAAGCAUCUCGCCUUGGACUAUCAUUUUGUGCGUCAACUUGUGCACGCUGGUCGACUACGAGUUUGUUAUAUUCCCACUGCUCAUCAGCUUGCUGAUGCUCUCACCAAACCUCUUUCGACUACUCGGUUUCUUCUCCUCAGAUCCAAGAUCGGCAUCGUUGAUACCUCCUCCGUCUUGCGGGGGCGUAUUAGAGAAGUAACAGAAAUAUAAAAGAAUUUUUUAUUUUCUUCUUUUUCCCACUCCACUUUUCUGUUGCUACUUCCCUGGGACGUGCUAAGUGGGAUAUCCAGGUUGUUGGGUUCCACUACUUUCUUUCCGCAUGAAUCUUGUAUAAAUCACCUACUGUAAAUUUAAUACAAUCAAGUAAGCUUUCACACAACAAUAAUAUCCCUACAAUCCUUUCAACCACGUCCACGUGGAUGAACUAAAACGUGAAUUGGAAU